AUGGCUGCCUCCCAAGCAAUUGAUCCGGCUUCGACUCCCGGCACAAGCGAACAAUUUCCUACUCCCUACCUCUAUUCCCUUAAUAAUGGGUUUCAUCAAUUCAUGCACCUCUGCCAUAUGUUGGUGGAUCUAAACGCCUUUACUCUGGCGGCUUUCUAUGACGUCGAUUCCAUCCAUCAGUUGGAUGUUGAUGGCUUUUCGCCAAUGGCAAGAGAGAAGGACAUUCACGACCUCUUUGGUCCAUUUGAUACAGCUAAAGGGAGGGUAUAUAAACGAUUUCACAGAGCCUUCGUGGAUUUCUCUACUCCAGAGGGGCUCUCAGUAGCAGUGGCAUAG